CAUUAAUUGCGCUUAAAAGCUUCUUACAAAAUGAUUAAAAAAAUGAUUCUGGUUAUCUCUGUUGUAUGCUUCACAUUGACAUGUGUUGAGUGUGUCAUCUCAAAGAAAUACUGUGGUUGUCCAAGGAAGUUGACACUAAAAGAUGCGUUUUGCCCUAUCCCCAGGGAAUGUACUGAAAUAAGAGGUUGUCCUGAUGGCACAAUAUGUUGUACUACUUGUCGUGAUACUUCCCUUAAACACUGCCUCAAACCAACAAACCCUAUUAAACCAGGAGCAUGCCCAACCUUUGGAAAACGUGAUGUGAGUCGAGAAAAACGUUGUGGUCAACCAUGUGCAAAUGAUUGCGACUGUAAAGGGGCCCAGAA